CUUCUCGUAUCUAGGGUUUUCUAAGAGCUUGGCAUCUCUUCCAAAACAAAAGCAGCAGCCGCAGUGUAACACAGUGAAACCCUAGCCAUGUCUCUGGUUGCGAACGAAGAGUUUCAGCACAUUCUUCGUGUGCAAAACACAAAUGUUGAUGGAAAGCAGAAGAUCAUGUUCGCUAUGACCUCUAUCAAAGGUAUCGGUCGCCGUUUUGCUAACAUUGCUUGCAAAAAAGCCGAUAUCGAUAUGAACAAGAGGGCUGGUGAGCUUACUGCUGCAGAGCUUGAUAGCUUGAUGGUAGUUGUGGCUAAUCCUCGCCAAUUCAAAAUCCCAGAUUGGUUUUUGAACAGACAGAAGGAUUACAAGGAUGGCAAGUUUUCCCAAGUUACAUCUAAUGCCCUUGACAUGAAACUUAGGGAUGACUUGGAAAGGCUGAAGAAGAUCAGGAAUCACCGUGGUUUGCGUCACUAUUGGGGCCUCCGUGUCCGUGGUCAGCACACAAAAACCACUGGCCGCAGGGGAAAGACUGUUGGUGUCUCCAAGAAGAGAUAGAUUAUCUACCUAUGUUUUAUGCUUUCUCUUUAGAUUGCGGAAUCUGGACACUUGCAAAAAGUUUGUUAGGGUAUUUUUGUAUUGUUUGCAUUUGAACUUUCUUGCCCUGCCUUUUGGAGAUCUAUAGUUCCUAUAAAUCUUCCCAUGGCAGUGCAAGCAUGUUUUAACUUUUGGGAUCAAAGUUUUGUCGAUUGCACUUGGAUUAAUACAUCAAAUAUGAGUACUUUUU